AUGGCGGCGCUCGGCCCCCGGCUGCGGAGGGCGCUGUGGGUCGCUCUCGCGGGGUUGUGCGUGGCGGCGGUCGCCCUACUGGCCGUGGUGCUCGCCCGAGCUUACUCCACGAAGCCUUCUCCCGCGCCAGCUGCGGGGGUCUGGGCGGGGAAGGGAGCGCGGCGCCUGGAAGCGGCGUUCAGCCCCCAGGAGCGGCGGGAACUGAAAGAGGCGCUGAAAGGUGCCAUCAGGUUGCAAACAGUUUCUUUUGCGCCAGAUGACCAGAAUACAACUGCCCUGGCAGAGUUUGAGCCUUAUAUCCGUAAAGUCUUUCCUGCAGUGUUCUCUGCCUCGUUCAUUCAACACGAAGUUAUUGGGGAAUAUAGCCACCUAUUCACUAUCCAGGGCUCUGACCCUCAGCUACAACCCUACAUGCUACUUGCACACAUAGAUGUGGUUCCAGCUUCUCCACCAGGAUGGGACGUUGAUGACCCUUUCUCAGCUGAGGAACGUGAUGGGUUUAUCUACGGACGAGGAACGUUGGAUAACAAAAAUUCUGUUAUGGGGAUUCUGCAGGCUCUAGAAUUCUUACUGAGACGAAAUUAUAGGCCUCGCAGGUCUUUCUUUAUCGGCCUUGGGCAUGAUGAAGAGGUGGGUGGUCAAAAAGGAGCCGUGAAGAUUGCAGCUAAGCUUGAAGCUAGAGGAGUGCAACUUUCUUUCUUGCUCGAUGAGGGAAUGUUCAUUUUAGAUGGGGUUAUAACUGGAUUAAAGAAGCCUGCAGCUAUAAUAGCUGUCACAGAAAAGGGUGCCGUUACAGCCGAUCUCAGUGUGAUGAUGGCACCAGGCCAUUCUUCUGCACCACCUAAAAGGACGAGCAUUGGUAUUCUCUCUGAAGCAUUAUCCAGGUUGGAGCAGCAACCCAUGCCCAAUCUGUUUGGCAAGGGCCCUGAAAUCAUGAUGUUUGAACACUUGGCCCCAGAUUUCAGCUUCCCUCUCAAUAUCGUCAUGGCAAAUCUGUGGCUGUUUGCACCAAUUGUCAGCAGAAUUCUUGAGCAAACACCAUCCACUAAUGCCAUAGUUCGGACCACCACUGCAAUCACCAUGUUUCAUGCCGGAGUCAAGUCUAAUGUUAUUCCCCCAUCUGCAAAUGCAACUGUGAAUUUUCGCAUCCAUCCUGCACAAACAGUUGAUCAGGUCCUGGAAAUAGUAGACAAAACUAUUGAUGAUAAGAGAGUGAAGAUAGACGCAGCAAGUGCCUUUGAUCCACUCCCAGUUAGCCCCUGGGACAACGAGACCUUCGGACCACAGGUUUUCCGCCAGACCAUUCUGGAUGUUUUCCCAGAUGUUGGCAGCGUUGCUCCAGGCAUAUGUAUUGGAAACACCGACAGCAGGCACUUCAACAACCUCACAAAUGCCAUUUAUCGAUUUAACCCAGUGGUCUUUAAACCUGAUGAUAUGCCAAGGUUCCACGGGUUGAAUGAAAGGAUCUCUGUUGAAAGUUUUGAAAAGCAAGUGGAAUUUCUCUUCCAGCUGAUUCAAAAUUCUGAUAUUGACCUGUCUCCAGAACCUCAUGUGAAUUUUCACGAACUGUAAGAACAAGAAAGUGGGAAAGCUUGUGGAUA